AUACCCGUGGUGGAGGCAGGACGUGCGCCGGUUCGCUCUCUCUCUGAUGAGUGGCGUCCCCGUGCACCAUCACCCAGCUCGGUUUUUGGUUAAAGCUGAGGUGCAAGUGUUUGUGUUGUGUACUGUGCAAAAUAUUAUGAUAUAUUCCAGGAUGGGAUACCGCUCGGAAGCUUAAGUGAAGAUAUUUAUUUCUUACAAAGCCUGGUUUUAGAAUGGUAUACAAAGAUAGUAGGAAAUUACUAUUUGAAUAAGUGCAGUGCUGAAAAUAUGUGCAUUAUCUGGCUGUGCUGCAGGAGAGUUUCAGUGAUGUUUUUUUACGUAGACAGAGAAACAUUAAUGAUAUAAUAUUAAUGGCAAGCGCAGGUUGUGAGCAUGAAUAAACGUGCAGUAAAUGAACGGACUCAGCCAUGCAGGAUACACAGAAUUCAAAAGCAAAGGAUCUUCACAGCAGCUCAUUCUAUCAGGCAAGGAAAAAAACACAGGCUCGGGGAGGAGAAAAUGGACCGUGCGAACUCAGUGGAUAAAAGAGCCGAAGGACAAAGAAAACAGAAAAAGACUUGUGGCUGGCGAGUAGUCGGCCUCUCCCCGCCAGGUCGUGACAAAGAGAAACUUCAUGACACUAAGACAGCAGAAAACACGGGGCUGCGACGACGGCAUGGCCAGCGUUACCAAAAGCCAAGCAGAGGAUACCACGGCGACGGAUGAACCACUGGUACCAACGCCGAGAGCAAGCUAUGACUCAACUCUUCCACAAGGACCUGCGUUCUGUGGGGCAUGGAGCUGAAAUUUCUGUGACAGAUCGAGGGCCGCCCAUCACGCUGUCAACGAGGAUGACCUCUAGGACGACGUGGUUCGCCUACAAAUACGGUCUCGGGAAGCCGCGGCGGCGACGGAACGCAUCUAAGAUGGACUCGGAGCCUCGAGGAGGACCUUGCGCGAAUGGCCGUCCGCAUCACCGCUUCCUUGUGAGGGAUCGUAGGAGCGGGAGAGCAACACAGGAAAUGCAGCGCCAUCGCUAUGCAAAAUCACCAACCACAGAAGACAUCACCGGGGCAAAGCUUUCUUCUGAACUUAAGAGAAGAAUGAUAAAGGCCUCCCCCACCCCCCCACAACCAGUAUCCCCUCCCCCUUCCCGGACAGAAUCUCUCCAAUCGCAUUUGCAUCCUCAAGCAAUGGGAAAUUUCUUGCUCAGCAAAGAUAUUCCACGCGCCCGAGGAGUCUUUUCCUCUUUCAUACCUUUCUCCAUCAUAGCGUGAAUAUUUUAGGAAUUGCGGGACUGCUCCUGCUGGCCUGUUCCCAUGAAUGUUAAGAGAAUAAACUGAUAUUUUUAUGAAGCAUAAAUUGACAAAUUGUAUUUAUCAGAAGCAUUUAAAGUUACGUAGUAAUUUCACUUCAAAUUCUGAUGAAAGUUACAGAACGGUUUCAAAGUCAGUUUUACCCUUUUACUUGCAAUAAAAAGAUGAUGCAUUAAUACAGAAAAUCUAAUAAAAAAUAGUCCUUGACAAGAUAACUUUUCUUUGUUUUGACUUGUUAAAGGGAAGUUUGUUUUAAACUUUAUAAUCUCUAUAACUCUUGAUCUAGUUUCGACAUUAAUAAAUAUGACCAAACUGAAGAUUUAUUUUUUUUAUUCAACUAUCUUCUCCGUGAAAGAAGGAAAUCUGACCACACAAGAUAUAAAUCACACCGCCAUAUACAGUAAAAAGAUACCUAAAAAGAUCAACAAAUCAAGAACAUAUUUAUAACACCCAAGCAACUAUCUCAACGAACGUUAUUAUGUAUAGUUAUAAACAACAAUAGAAGUUACAGACAACAAAGACUUAAGGUUCAUACAGUGACUCAAGGAUAAUUCGGUUAGCUACUACACAUGAUAAACCAAGCGAGACAAGUAAAACACCCUCCCCCUGCAAUGCCACAACGGUUUUGAAGUAUUAGGUUCCUAUAAUAUAGAUGAAUUUUCUAAAGUAUUCCAAGUGAUCAUUCUUGACAUUCUUCAUGAGCUUAUCAGAAUGCAAUGCUGAUGCGAUUUUCAUAUUAAUGAUGGUAUAACAAACAGGAUAUUGCAUAAUAAGGAUCAUUUCAUGCAUAUUUUUUCCAGGUAGAUGUCUUUCAGAUUUUGUUCCCUUGCCACAUCAAUUUCACAAUCACCAUAUUCUUCGACAUAAUCAAUAGAGCUGCUAAAAAAGAGCAAAUAACAACUUAUCAUUGUUGUCCCAACACUUUUUUGUGGAUAUAUAGAAUUUCAUUCCUGUUUAAUGCACAAUCUAUAUGUGCUCACACUCAGUUUUCAUAAAUCAUAAAAAACAUUUCACUUCAUAUCAGUUCCACAAUAUCAGUACAAUGCAAGCCUUCCUACUUUGGUCAGGCUGUUUGUUUUGUUUCAAGCACUUCAGUCCAACAAGCAAUCAUCUAAGAAGGGCACGUGCAGACUGCAGAAUCAUGGACUCAAGAGGGGAUCAAGAAGGAAGAAUCUCACUACUACAGAAGUAUUGGAAACAUGCACUGUGAUGCAUUCUAUGCUGGGUAUGAUUAUGGUCGGGGAAGACAGACCUGAAUUUCAUCCUUUAGUCAGGAUUUUAAAAAUA